AUGAAGUUGGCCUACGACCGGCUACGGCGAGUCAAGGUAGACGACUUCACCAUGAACAUUCACGAGCAGCUGAAGAACUUAGAUCAGAUAUGGUUGGCUCGUAUCUUGGCAGACCUGGCGGGACAGCACACAGGAAUACUCACAGCACCCAACGCUCAGCAGCAGCUCGACCUGGGCGACAACACCGACGGCACCGCUCAGAUGUUGAUCGAGCUACUGAGACCACUGAUGGACGUCGACUCACUGCGCAUCACCUUUCAGCCGAACAGCUUGGAGACAUCCAACACCACAUCGAUAGAUGACAGCCCGUUUCGAGUUACCUUCCUCGGCGCAGAUAUCGACAAAUGGGAAUCAUCAACAUUGGAACGGCUUGACGGACUUACUCCAGCACAGCAGCAUCACGGCAUUCGAGGACACAAGUGGCUUAUCGUGGUUCAAGGUUACGCACCACCAGCCACGAUGGAGGAAUACGCUGAGCGGAGGAUUCUACCUAGGCUCAAGCUCAUCACUACACCUCCGAGCUUCGACUUCACCAAGUUGAGGCAACAGCUGAAAGAGACGGAGUCCGACGCCGAACGUUUCCGCCUGCUGAAGGGUCUUCAUGAACGACUUUGGCACGAGCAGCUACCAGGCAUGGAGAAGUUUCUCAGGCGGCUCGGUGUACCGGACAAGUGUCUGGAGCUGGCCAAGCAGGUCAUUGCAGCAUGUGAGGAGUGCAACGACUGGGCACCCAUUGCGACCAAACCCAAGUAUCGAGCAGAGUUGGCAGGUUGGUUCGGCGAAGUCAUGGUGUGCGACCUCUUCUUCAUAUUCGGCAAGACCUUCUUGCUCAUGGUCGACGAGGCGAUCAGAUGGAAGUUGGCCGAAGUACUACCCAAGAAGGACGCGUUCCACAUAGCUCAGGCGAUGCUACGAGCUUGGUUUCGGUACUUCGGACCUCCCAAGUGCAUCAAGUUCGACCAAGAAGGCGGCGUUCGCUCAGACGACUUUGCAGUGGUGUGCGACCGCUACAGCAUACACAGACAGCUGGGCGGCUCGGACGACUCAGGCAAGCACACAGCCACGGGGCUUGCAGAACGACACAUCGGCCUCAUCAAGACAUCGUCGUUGAAGUGCAAGGCCAGCGCGGCCAAGCAAGGUCUCGUGGUUCCCGACGAGGACAUAGCGUUCGAGUGUACGAUGUGCCAGAACUUUAUGCUUGAGCACGGUGGCUACACACCAUCUCAGUGUUUGCAAGGACAGAAUCCACGUGGUUUCUUUGAUCACGGCUCCAACUCCACUCUUGCUAUCGACGGCGCACGCGACACGACGCCAGACACCUUCGAGUCCUACCUCAGGCUCAGGAUGAUGGCCAAGGCGGCAGUUCAGAAGGCAGUCAUCGAGCAGCGCAUCGCGGAGGCUAACAACACCAAGGUGCAGAUCCUCUCAGACGUGGCCAAGCUACGACCCCUGCAGGACUUCGUUGAUCUGCACCGAGUUCCUGAUCGCAAGGACGCGCCCGGGUGGAGAGGACCGUGCGAUUUACUGGACAUCAACCCGAAGGAGAACGUGGCGAUCGUCAAGCACCAGUCCAUGCCAUACAUCGUUCCGUUCAGGCAUGUGCGACCACAUCAGGCACGAUCGCAUGCAGUCACAGUGGCGCGCCCACCGACUCGCAUGCUGAUGGACGGAGAAGGCAGAUGGCAGGACAACAUGCAUGACGAUAUGUACACGACACUGCACGGCUUACUUGACAUCGUUGACGGCCAGGCACCAGGCACCACGAUCACGGUUGGAAUGGUUCACGACGCCAACGGCAUGCAGAUUGUCGUGCCGGACGACUUCGAGGUCAACAUUCCCGAGGUCUUUCGUCUGGCAGCUCAAGUGGGCGAGGUUCUGCUGCAGCUGGCGGCUCCAAGGGCCAUCAGGUUCGGCACGCAACUGCACACCAUCAACACCUAUCACGGCAUCAAUCGAGGGGUUAUCCUAGCAUGGGUUCGACGAGAUCGACUCAGCUAUCAAGCGCGACAAGUGGACCUGGGACAUACUCUGCGGCUGGCGAUCAUCUUGCCAGACACGCCGAGCAACUACUCGUUCAUCAUCUAUGUCUCAGAGCAGUACGAGGAGACGGUUGUUCAGGACGCAGUACCAGAUCUUUCGGACAUCUCGAGCAUCGAGCUUAUAGACGACACGAUCGUCCAGGUCGACCUGUGCAAAAGCGAGCUGUGGCGACAGAUCACGAUAUCAGCAUAUCUGAUGAAGAGUUUGUUCCGCGACGACCAGCACCAAGUCGAGCACCGACUUCACCAAAGGCAGCUGCGCCACCGCAGCAGAUUCCAACGACGCCGAUAUUUCCAGCACCUCAGGCCCCAGCAUCACCGGACUGGCGACAAGUGGCGCUUCCUGACUCACCAGUGGGCAUGGACGCGGCUACCUCAGACUCUGCGGCACCAGAGGCAGAAGCUCGUGAACGUGACGGCACCGACCCAGUCGACGACCAUGAUCGGAGCAGGUCUCGCAGGCUCGACACGGACACGAAUCAAGCACAGGAUGCAGCGGAACAACCUACCAUUGAAUAUCCAGCUCCACCAGAGCAAGUACAAGAAGCAGUUGAUCAACCUACUAUCGAGUAUCCACCUCACUCUGAUCAAGCAGCUGAAGCAGCAGAGCCGACUCUGGAGUACCCUCAGCACGACGACGAGCGGUCCAGAUCUGUUCACCUUCCAUUGCAGCAGAGAGUUGAUUGAGCACCAGCAGUACUUCACCAAGCGCAUCGACUUAGUUCCCGAGCUCAAGGACUACGGGGGCGAGUACCAUAAGUCCAUGACGGAGCAGCAGGCACUCAUAGCUGAACACUUCUGCUCAGACAUCGAGGGCUUCAAUCUCACUGAUGGCGACGAACUACCAAGCAGCUGGACACGCAACCAAGCUUACAUAUCCUUUGAUGGACCUUUCCUCGAGGAUCAUUGCUUCUAUCUCGACAUCCUCACUGGCGAGUGUUUCGCAUCGGCCUCGGACUCGCUCAUCCUGAAGCCAAACGACGUGGUGGAACACUUCGACCUGUUCGAGGCAGCAGACCUCAAGGAGAUCAAGCAGUUCGUCGAGGCGACCGCGUGGAAACCGAUACCCAUGAGCAAGUGCAAGCAGGAUCCAGUUGAUUGCGUCUGGGUUCGCAAGUGGAAGCAGAUCAAGGUGGUCAUGCAGAUCUUCAUGAUAGAGACGCUUGGCGGCAGGCCCUCGGCUUUCGACGACUGUUUUUACUUCUGGAUGGAAUCCCCAGGAGAACUCAAGGCAAUUGCGACCUCCUAUGUUGACGACAACAACAACGCGAGCAGCGACGAGUGGCUCAACAAGUCUUACAGCAAGUUCGCGGAUAGAUUUGGAAGAGCUACUAGACAGCAACCACCUAUGAACCACGUGAGAGUCGGACACGAGCAGACCGACUUCGGCAUUCGAAUGUCUCAGGACGAGUUCUGCCAGAACCUCCAGCCAGUUCCUCUCGGCAAGCUUCGAGCAGCUCAGGACGACUCUCCACUUACUUCCACGGAGCUCAAGGCAUGGCGUGGGCUCCUGGGCGGUCUGCUGUGGUUAUGUCAGACACGAUUGGACGCGAUCGCACACACGGUCAUUAUCCAGCAGAAUACGGCAUCAGCAACGAUCAAGCACAUCAAGAUGGCCGAAACUCUACUAGCUCGUGUGAAGAAGUACGCGGCAAACGUGGGGCUCUACUUUCCGAAGAUCUCUCCUCCAUUCGUGAUAGACACGGUGGCAGAUUCGAGUGGAGCUACCUCAGGAAGCUCUUACGCUCAGGAGACAGUGCUUAUCUUGUUGGGCUCGGACAAGCGCGUGCAGGUUGUGCCGACGAGGUCGAUUCACUACCAGCAGGUGUGCGACUCCAAGCAGCAGCUCAGCAAGUUCUGCCACAUCAUAGCUUCACUGUCUCACAAGGCCAAAAGAGUUUCAGGCAGCACGACACGGGCAGAGACGUUGGCAGGCGUAGUUGGCAAAGAGUUGGCUCAGAUGAUUGCCAUGCGAUUGACGGAGUUAUUUGCUCCGGGCAUCCAACUUCCUCUACAUGAAGGCAGCACGAUGGCGCAGUUGAUUCAGAUCCAGGAUCACGCUGAGUUCGUGAUACCUAGCGACCACUGGACAGAUUGCAGAGAUUUCUUCGAGCUCAGCGUCGGCCUCAAGGGCGUACCCCAAGAUCGACAUCAACGACUGUACGUGCUCUCAAUACGAGAAGAUCGGCUUCGUGGCUACAUCAGGCGUUUCUUCUGGUGUCCUACCUCAGCCAUGGUGGCAGACGGGUUGACAAAGAGCAUGAAAUCGGAGAUUCUCUACGAUCUGUUGACCUACGGCUACUGGCGUGUGGAGACCAAGGGCAUCGAGUGCCUGGUGGCAACCAACGAUGCUCCAGCAGUGACGGUAACCGAAGGCGACCUGAUCAGCAUGAAACCUUCAUGGGCAGAAUCUCCAUCGGUGUGCAUGGCGACCAGGACAGACUACGAUCUUACGGCUCAUGGUCGAAUGGGCAAUGUUACCAGAUAUGGUUAUAUUUCAAGCAAGAAGCUGCCGUUCAUCGACUAUUCCAACAUUGAUAAGCUUUUCUUCGAUUUCUUCGAGUACCCUUAG